AGUGCCUUUUUUUUUGUCAACUUGAAGAGCGAUCCGCCGAGAACGAACGAGAUAACCUCAAACGAAAAACGGCAGAGAAAAUCCUAAUAUCACGUACACCAAAGAAAAACACAGAAGCCACGACGCAUAUUGUCCACUCACCAAACAACACCUUUUGACGAACGUAAUGGACUGCAAUGCUGGUAUGCAGCUGGGGCACCAGUUCUCCAAGGAUGCCGGCAUGAUGCACGGCGGCAUCCCCAUGGCAGGGGUCAUGUCGGAGCAGGACGCCCUCAUGGCCAACGCGCAGCUCGCCGGGGCAGACCCAAUGAUGGCGGCGCAGUGGGCGCAGAACUUCCAGCAGCAGCAGGCCAUGCACGCCAUGCGUCAGCAACACGAAAUGGAGCAGGCCUUCCAGCAGCACCAGGGUGUUGCUUCCCCAGGACAGGCUUUCGCCAUGGCGGCCCCUCAGCAGCAGCAGUUUAUGGGCAUGCAGCAGCAGCAACAACAGGCCGCCAUGAUGAACGCGACCAUGAUGAGUCAAGGCAUGAUGGCGGCCAAUAUGGGCUUCGGCAUGAUGAUGCCGCGUACGCAGUACCAACCGUCGUCCACCCUCUCCGCCUUGCAGCCGAAGCAGCAGCAGCAGACCCCCGUGAACCUCGCCCCAGCCUCGCAGGACAGCGCGUGGGCGGACCAGCUCAGCCAGCAGCAGUGGAGCACGGAUUACUCGCAGGUGCAGACCUUCACCGCACCCGGGACCGAGAACCAAACCGUGGAGGAGCGGAUGAAGGAUAGCGAGUUCUACAAGUUCAUGGACCAGGUGAAGAACAAGGAGUUGCUGAUCGAUGAGGAGAAGGGAGAGUUGGUGCAGGGCCCCGGCCCGGAGGUCGCCGUCCCCGAGGAUGCGGCGUACCUGCAAAACUUAGCCGCGUCAGAGGGUCUCAACAUGCCACCUGAGGUGUUUCAGCCUGCCCCGCAGGGCGUCAUCCCAAAUGCGCCGGCGGCAGACGUUGGCGAGGACGCCUACGUGCAGGAGAUGGACAUGGCGGAAAACGACGUCGAGGACUGGGCACAGGAGUACGCGGAGAUGCAGGAGCGCCUGCAGAAGGCCGCCAACAACACCGACUACCCCUUCGAGCCCAACAACCCGUACAUGUUCCGCGACACGCCCUUUGAGGAGGGCAUGGAGAUGCUGCAGCUGGGCAAUCUCGCCGAGGCCGCCCUGGCUUUCGAGGCGGUGUGCCAGAAGGACAACAGCAACGAAAAGGCGUGGCAGCUGCUCGGGACAACGCAGGCGGAGAACGAGAAGGACGGCCUGGCCAUCAUCGCCCUCAACAACGCCCGCAAGCUCAACCCGCGCAACCUCGACGUGCACGCUGCCCUCAGCGUGUCGCACACGAACGAGCGCAACGCCGACGCGGCCAUGGACUCCCUCAAGGCGUGGCUGGUGAACCACCCCGAGUACGAGCAGCUCGCCUCCAUCUCCAUCGGCGCCGAUCCGGAUCUGGACAUCCAGGACACCUUCUUUUUUGCUGACCCGACCCGCAUGCGGGAGGUCCGUACGCUCUACGUGGCGGCAAUCGAGAUGAACCCGAGUGACCCGCAGCUCUUCACGAACCUCGGCGUGCUGCACAAUGUUGGACACGAGUUCGACGACGCCGCGGAGUGCUUCCGCAAGGCCGUCACGCUGCACCCUGACGACGCCAAGAUGUGGAACAAGUUGGGUGCCACGCUGGCCAACGGCGGCCAUCCGGAGCAGGCGCUGGAGGCCUACAAUCAUGCCCUCGACAUCAACCCUGGCUACGUGCGUGCCAUGUACAACAUGGCGGUGGCGUACAGUAACAUGUCGCAGUACAACAUGGCUGCCCGGCAGAUUGUGAAGGCGAUCGCUACGCAGCAAGGUGGCACCAACCCGAGCGGGGAGGGAUCGCGAAUGGCCACGCGAAGUAUGUGGGAUCUCCUGCGCAUGGCGCUGAACCUGAUGGAUCGCGACGACCUUGUGUCGGUGUCCUUCAACGAAGAUCUGCAGCCGUUUGUGACGGAGUUUGGGCUGGAGGGCCACGUGUAA